AGAAAACCGGAAGUACAAGGUUAUGAGCUGAAGAAAAAAAUCAACAUGGCGGAUGUUUAUACGGAUCCUGCAGAAGACAAGACAGAGGAUGGUGGAGGACAGAAGGAAACAGAAGCCUCUCAGGCAAAAGAUUCUUCAUCAUUUCAUGGAGUGAUACCACCAAACCCAUUUGGACCUCGCCAUAUGCUGAAAUCAGAUGUCGUUUCAAAAUCUUCUCACUCCACAUUUAACACACAUCCAGUAUAUAUUGCUCCAAGUAGGCUUGGUUCUAGUUCUGUGUUUUCAAAAUCACAAACCUCAAGUAGCACAGAAAACAAGGGAAGUGGUCCACAAAAGUCGUCUAUUCUUGCACCAUCUAAACUGGACAUGUUAAACCAGACAGAGACCUCCAGUCCAUCCAAGUUAUUGUUACGACCUUCACCUCUCUCCUUCUGUGUUCAGAAUUUGAAACAAAAGGAGUGUGAUGUUAAAGAUAAAGAAAAAGAAAAUCAAGAGAAAUCAGGCAGUGAGGAUGUACCCAGUGAAGUCUCUAAAGUCUCCAGUGAUUCAGGAGUAAAACGUGACGCGGAAAAGAAAAAAGACAAUGACAAAGAGACUGCCCCUUUAAGUGACUCUAGUGCUACGAAUGAUUCUGCACAGGAAAAUUAUUUUGCUGCUGCACUUGCCAAAUCAGAUGGAAAAGAAUCAGAAUCCUCUUCCAAAACAGAAGAAAAAUCAGGACAGUUCAUAUUUGGUCAAAAUUUAGAUGAACGUGUUACCGGUGUUGCAAAGUCUCCUAAUGAGAAAACUGAAGAAGGUUUUGUGUUUGGUCAGAACUUGGAGGAGAGAGUGAUUAAGACAGAUCCAUCUUCUGGUGAACAGGAAGAAAGUGAAGGAAGCAGAGAUUGUCUGUCUCCCACAGAUAAAAACCUUACCCUGGAGGAAUCAGCACGUGAAUUCCAAGCAAGAAAAGAAAAACAUGUGGACUAUAAGGAAGUGGAUGUUGUUACUGGGGAAGAGGGAGAGUCCAAUGUUUUACAGGCCACUGCCAAGCUUUUUGUGUUUGAAUCCCAUGGUCAGAAUUGGGUGGAGCGUGGCAGAGGACUGUUGAGGUUGAAUGAUCUGAUAACACCGUCACCGACAGAGUUCCAGUCUAGACUAGUUAUGAGAACCAUUGGCAGUCUGAGAGUUAUACUGAACACAAAGAUAUGGCCAGGCAUGACGAUAGAAAGAGCUAGUAACAGGAGUGUCAGAAUCACUGCCACAGAUGGAGGGGAAGGUGUGAAGGUGUUCCUCAUCAUGACCAGCCCCAAGGAUUCUGAGAACAUCCUGAGAGCAGUGGACUGGAGAAUACAACAGCUGCGUGUACGGGAGGAUGUGGAUAAACCGCAGACAGAAAAACGCAAGGUUGAUCAAGAUGAGUCCUCAAAUGAAGGAACAGCAAAAAAGCCCAGAUCUGAGGAACAUGUGGAAGGUUCCUUGGUAACAGGAAGUUUGAAGAGAGAGGAAUCAGAUGGAAGUGUUAUUGGACCAGAGACAGAUGCCUCUUCAACUAGUUCAACAUCAUCUUUGACAUUGAGAUCGGAGUCUGAUUGAGAAAAGAAAUCACAAAUCUGAUCACAGGGGAAAUAACUAUCAAGAAGAUUUAUCACAAAAGCUUGGAGACUGCUGAUAUAUCAUUAAUGUUUGAAUCUUAUUGUGAAAAUGAAGGGGAGGCUUAUCUCAUCACUCAACAAGCAAAGAGUUGCCUUAAGAAGAUGAAACAUGACUCAGAACUUUACCAAAAAGUCUCUCUCUCUCACCAGUUUUCCAGGAAUAAAGAUUACAGUAAAAUUUGUGUAGGAAACAUAGAACCCCUGCUUUUGAAACAUUCUGUUCAAAUUUGAGGAGAGAAAACGUGGAACAGUAUAAACAUAUUUUUUCAUCAGGACUAAGAAAAGUGUACCUCACAUCUCUUUCUACAGUCAAAACUGUAGAUCAAAGAUUUUUGAUACAUAAUUUGCUAUACACCAUUGCAGUAAAGUGCUAUAUUUUUCAUCUGAAGGUGUACAUGUACUUGUGGUAAAGUAGUAUUUGUUAACAAAAUAUUAAUAUUCAUCAAAUUGUUCCAAAUGAAAUGGCAUGCAGAGUAAUUACAUGUAGUACAAAUCAGGUUUAUUCACUUUAACAAAGCCAGCUUUAUUGAAAUUUAGGGUUGUUUAAAAGAAUCUAAUACAUGUAUCCUUGAACAUUUCAGCCUAUUUUUAAAUAUCUAGGGCAUGUGCAAAUUCAUGGAGAGUUUACAACAUGUAUUCCAUCAUGCUUUGAAUUUACAAGUGUAAUUGUAAUUAAAAUAAAAAAAGGCAA